AUGUUCUUCGCUGCUCUCGAGGCAACUUGCAUCGUCUGUGGCACGGAGAUUGAUGGGCUGCAUCGCUGGGCAAAGCAUUUCCGGGCAGUCUACUGCUCCUCGACAGGUGUGAGGGUGACGGUGCCCUUGUGCUUGGCACCUUCUCAUCCUGCAGUCCGUAUCCCAGCCGAUGCGGUGACGGAUGAAUGGGUUUCCGAGAGGAUGCCCGAGCAUGACCAGACCGAUCUGUACGCGUACCAUGAGCCCUGCUGGAGACGCCUGGUCAGCCAUUUCAGUCCCACCGAGUUCGAUGUGGGCUAUGUUUUUGAGGCCCUAGAAUAUUUGCCACUGCCCUUGCUAUGUGGCCACUAUGAAUCCACACCAACGAGAUUAAAGCCUCCUUACAUGUGGGAGGCAGUGAAAGAAGGCCUUGUUCAUCAGGCUGAUUAUGCCAACCUGGAUGACCUCAUGCGAUUUGCAAAAGCACUCCCGAGCCCCUGGCAUCCGGCGAUGUCUUCUGCUCCAUUCGUUGCAGACCUCUUCCAGCGACUGCCACUAGAACUAAUCGAAAUGAUCGCUGUUCUAUUGCCCACGCGAGACGUACUUCAUCUCCGCCAGGUAUCACGCGGGGUAGCUCCGGUUUUCAGCAGCUCAGCCUUCUGGAAGACACGUUUCGACUUGAACGCAGAGCGCGGGUUUCUUUGGCCAGUCGUGCGAGACUUGAUAGACACAGCAAAAGGCAAUGGAUUCGAUUGGAGGCUCCUGUACCACUGUACUUGCCAUCUCACCUGCAGCCAAUGGUUUCGCUCAGAGCUGAAAUCUUGGGAGGCGCUCCGGUGGCUUCGGGAUACAGCCCUGGCUUUAGCCUCCGGGGGGCCCCGUCCGCUCGACUAUCGCGGUGAUGCCUUACAUUACUACCAUAAUGCCAUGAUUGGAGAUACGCACCUCGAGGUGGUAGACUGCGAUUCUCGGGUGCUUUACAUUGCGGUUUCUGCACAUGAUGAUUGCGGCUCACAUGAUAACCCUGGGUCUGUGUGUAUCACAGGACUGGAAUUCUUUUUCGAGAAUGGACCACCGGCGAUUUUGGGUUACACUUCGCCCGGAGCAGAGAAUAUUUCCAGAAAGAAGUGGAGGAAUUCUGAGCGGACGAAAAUGGCCCAUCCUAGAGUCAGAGUUAUGAUGGAUCUGAUCGACUUCAAAGGAAUCAUGGUGACGCAGACACUUGAUGGGGUUAGUGGUGUGCUUAUAUUACAAAGCCUUGAUGAAGAGAGAGAAGCACGCCGUAGACGGCGGAGGUGUUGUGUGGGGGAGAGAGACUACCCUCGUCAUGCUUAUCAUGGUUUACGCACUUGUUCUCUGGAAGAGGUCUCACAAGUCGUGGCGGUAUUUAACAACCACAGAUUGAUAGACCUUGGUAUACGGGGCCGAACAGCAAAGCGAAAACCGCAAUUGUCGGAAAGACAGCGAAGGUCGGAAAUCAAAUCUUUUAAAGAAGAGGGCAAUCUUGCACCAGGUUUGGAGUUGAGAUAA